GAGAACCAAGUGUUUCCUAUGAACCCACCAAAGUUUGAUAAGAUCGAGGACAUGGCCAUGAUGACCCACCUCCACGAGCCCGCGGUGCUCUUCAACCUGAAGGAGCGCUACGCCGCCUGGAUGAUCUAUACGUACUCUGGUCUCUUCUGUGUGACGGUCAAUCCUUACAAAUGGCUGCCGGUCUACAACCCAGAGGUGGUCCAGGCCUACCGGGGCAAGAAGAGGAUGGAGGUUCCUCCUCACAUCUUCGCUCUGUCCGACAACGCUUACCAGUUUAUGCUGACGGAUCGUGAGAAUCAGUCCAUCCUCAUCACUGGAGAGUCCGGCGCGGGAAAGACGGUGAACACCAAGCGGGUCAUUCAGUACUUCGCCACCAUCGCCGUGUCUGCCGACAAGAAGAAGGAGAACAGCAGCAAAAUAAAGGUGAGUUGUAGACGGCGAGCCGUGGAGGACGAGGCGUCCGCUUGACCACUUUGUCCACAGGGAACGCUGGAGGACCAGAUCAUCCAGGCCAACCCCCUGCUGGAAGCGUUCGGGAAUGCCAAAACUGUGAGGAAUGACAACUCCUCUCGCUUCGUGAGUCUCUUGCUUCAGACGAAGACGCACCCAGUCAGG